AGUCAAACGUCAAAAGUGUGGAUAUAAACAAGAGCCCUUCCACCCCCAGAGAUCAAGCUCCAGCAGCAACGCACACAUCGUAAACUGACCGUCAACAUCAACACCGCCGAGGGUUGGCGUUAUCACGGCUGCGGGUUUGUGUGGCCAGCAUCAACUGUCGCGCGGUCAAGUACACGGCCACAAUCCGUCACAGUGCGUGGUUCCGAGUGGAGGUGGUGUUGAUCAACACACACACACACACGGGUUUGCUGGAUUCGGUAGACUUCCUGAGCGGCUAGACAGCACAAUACGCAUAUCAUGGCGCUCCGUGAGGGACCAGGAAUUCGGGGCCUCAGCUUUCAGCGCUCCGAGGAAAAGCGCUCCUAUCUGUCCUCCUUCAGUAGCAGCUUCGAUGAGUUUGGCCCACCGUACGCGGAUCUACCGAUGGAGAUAUUGGUUAAGAUUUUCACCUACCUGGCACCGUCCGAUAGACGCGAGGCCAGCCAAACGUGUCGCCGUUGGUGUGAAGCAUCGCGCCACACCGCUUUCCUCGCCAACUUCUGGCUCGUGCUGCACCGGCAAUCGUUCGACGUGAACGUGCCACCGGUUCGGGAUCUGCUGCAAAGCUUCCUCCACUUCCCAAACAUCCAGCUGUCGGAGGUGGACUUUGAGCGGAUCGGCAACUUCUUUACCCAGUUCGGGCCACACAUCCAGCGGAUCGUGUUUCAGGCGUGCGAAAUACAGGAACGGGACAUGAUAGCAAUCCUCCGCUGUCUGCCAGCACUUCGCUCCCUGACGAUCGGGUCCUGUCGCGAUCUGUUCAUGUGUGUGCGACUGUUUGACGAUCCCGCCGAACGGGAGCAACUGCGACAGAUCCUUGCGAACGUUACCGAACUCUCGCUCAACCACAUUCAGUACCUGUCGGAUGGAAUUCUGCACCGAAUAGUGGACAUAAUGCCCGGGCUGCGCGUACUCGACCUGGCCGGAUGUCACAUAUCCUUCCACCAGGGUCUGUAUCGGAAGUUUUACACCGGCGAUGGCAAACAACCGUCGGAGUCGGUGCUAACCUUCCACUACAUCUCGCAGCUGAUAGACGAGCGGAAGGCAUCGCUAAGGGCGCUCGAUUUCAGCGAAACGCUGGUGGACGACAGUGCGCUUGAAGUGUUGGCCGGCAUGAGUCCGGCGCUGUGUCUCGAAAGGCUGGAGCUGAACCGUUGCGAGCAGCUUUCGAACCGAGGCCUGGGUAGACUGAUUACCGCCCACGCGACGCAUCUGCAGCACUUGAACCUCUCGAAAACGUACCGCCUGACCGAUGCCUGUCUGUUGCAGAUUUGUCGCGAGUUGGCCGGAUUGCGCGUACUAAAGAUGCGGAAGUGUCGCGCCCUCAGCAAUCAGGGUGUGCGUGAGCUGGGGCAGCUUGCUUCCCUCGAAGUGCUGGACAUUUCCUACUGCAAGGAAGUGAAUGGGGCAGGCAUUCUCGAAGGCAUCGCGUCCAGGCCGAAUCACACGCUGCGCGAACUUCGGGUGCAGGGGUUAAAUCUUUGCGAACAGUCCAUCAUUGCGAUUGCGGAACAUCUAUCGGCACUGCACGUGCUCGACCUCGGCUACUGCUUCCAUGCCGUCUCGGACCUUUCCGUGCAGUUCAUCAUCCGGAAUCUUGUGCGGCUGAAGGAGCUCGAUCUGGAAAACUGCGGCAAGCUAUCGGACGAAGGAUUGACGGGUUUGGGAAUGCUGGCGAAAAUCGAACGUCACGAACAGCGGAAGUCUGGCGCACGUGCUGCUGAGAAUGCAAACGCUCAACCAGACGAAGAUCACCCUCCGGAACCGGUACCGGAACCUGCACAGGUACCGGUAGCACCUGCACCUCACAUGCGCAUCUCGCUGCGUAGCCGUGCGGAACAGGAAAUCGUCGAGGAUGCUGAGCGGAAAAAGCUGCUCCUGGAGGCAAUGCAGCGCAAGGACAGUCUGCAAUCGGCACAUACCGAUUCUGGGUCGUCCUUUAGCGGGCAUUACGUCGGUCGGCUGCAGCAGCUAACCAUUCUCAAUCUAACCGGUUGCAACGGGCUGACGGACGUGACGCUGAUGUGCAAUUUCCGGAUCGCCGGCCUUCGCCAACUAUCCCUGGCCCGGUGUCAGCAAAUUUCGUACGACGGGAUACGCGCGAUGGUGCAGGGAUGCCCCGCGGUCGAACAGCUCGAUCUCAGCGAGUGUCACAACAUCAGCGAUCGAGCGGUCGAACAGAUUGUCGUCCAUCUGCGCCGGCUGCGCACACUCAGCCUACGGCGCUGCUACCAGCUGACCGACUUUAGUCUCGAUCAUAUCGCCUGCCAUGGGCACCGGUUGCGUGAGCUUGAUGUGCGCGGUUGCAAGCACAUGUGUGCGGAUCCGGCCAUGCGGCUGGUGAAUUUGCCCCUGCUGACAACGAUUCUAGCCGGCAGACAGGAUGAAGCUGCUAACGGGGCGUUUGAUGCGGCGUUUACGACCAUGCCAACGCCUCCACCCCUACCGCCUGCGCCGCGCCUUUCGAUGCGCUUUUAACAGGAAGUGGGUAUGGUUGGGCCUGCUGCUGCUGUUCGAUGCCGGAUGUAUGGUGCUGAUGGCAUCGUGGCUAGCUGGUUAGUUGCUAUGGCAAUUGCGCUGGUUGCUUGCUGUACAUACUGGAUGCGAUCGUUGGGGAUAGACAUCAUCAUCAAGUAAAAAGCCUGAAAGAAGAAGAUCGUUUUUGAAAACGCUAUCGACCAGUGCCAUUUGUUUUACCUUCUCUUUUGCUUUCUCGGUAUCGUUAUCGCGAAGAGGAGAAAUCAACUUUAACAUCGAACAUACACUAAAAGUUUGUAUAAUAGUAGUAUAGUGGAACCCUCCGUUUAUCCGGGUGCGCUAUUUAUCCGGGUGCGCUGUUUAUCCGUGCUGUUAUACUGAAGCUGUGUGUAUACCUAAAUUCCGUUUUAAAAAAAUAAAUUAUCGCUUCCCCUAUGAUUACACACGUGA